AUGAAAGCCCCUUUUUAAGAGGAGGAAGCUCUAGCUGACAUCUUUGGUCAUAUAAAAGAUGUAGAUGACCAAAUGUUUGGUGUCAUAUUAGAAAAAUUAAGAAACGAAAAAGUUUAAGACAUCAUUGGAUAUUUUUCAGAUAACUGGAAUCAAAGCCAAUUAGAAUAAUGUAUCAUAAAAAAAGGAGUUGAUAUCACCCAGGCUGAUAAAGAAUAGAAAUUGUCUGUUGUUAGAAAUGAUAUCAAAUAAAUCAUAAAAGUCUUAAGAAAAUUAAAAGACCAUGACUUCAAUAAGUUAGACUAUUCUUCUGAAGUAAAAGAAGAAUCUAAAUAAAGUUUAAUUAAUAGCAUCCAGGAUAAUAGAAGGAUCAUUCAUUUCUUGUAAUUGUUAGUUCAACUCACAUCAAUUGAUGAAACUUUUAUAUAGGGUGGGUCUAAUUCAUUACAUAUAUUAGUUAAGAUGAAGGUGGACCUUAGAAACAAUAAUUUUGAAAAUAUAAAAAUCUAUAAUACUUCUUUAAUAGGAGCUAAUUUUGUUAGGUGUAAUUUAGUGGAUCCUAAUUUAAUAAUGUCAACAUAAGCGGAAUAAAUGUUAAUGGAGCUUUAUUAUUGAAUUGUAAAUGGACUGACUUAAAAAUCCUUGAAUUAAAUUAAUUACAUAGUCAUAAUGAUUAUAUAAGAUCAGUUUGUUUCUCUCCUGAUGGAAAUACAUUAGCUUCAGGAGGUAGUGAUUGCUCUAUCCGUCUAUGGGAUGUUAAAACAGGAUAAUAAAAAGCCAAAUUAGAGCGUAUUACUAGUAAUAUCUCGUCCGUUUGUUUCUCUCCUGAUGGAAAUACAUUAGCUUCUGGUAGUGAUAAUGGGUCUGUAUUAUUAUGGAAUUUGAUAAUAUUGUUCUUCCAAAUUUAUAAUCGCAAGUAAUAUUAUCAUUAAUAUUAAUAUCAUUAGAGUUAUAAUUUGA